GUUGCACCCUCUCUCUCUCUCUCUGCCCCGUCCCUACUUACCAAACCCCAUAAUCCAAUAUUCAAGAGCGAUGGGGAAGAACGGCCUUCAGAAAUCUCUCCAAACCUAUCUGUCCAAGCUCAACAAGGUUCCGUCUCAUCUACACACUCCGAAUUCCCCAAAACCGGCCGCCGCCAGUUGGCUGCUGUCGGCGUGCAAGUAUCCCAGGACCCCUUCCUUCGCCAUCGACCGCGACCUCCCCGACCACAGCGGCCGCGAUCCCUCCGCCACCCUAUCCGACGACGACUGCUUCCAAUACGAGAAGUUCCACUCCCUCUGCUCGCGCGAGGACGCGGGUGACGACUUCACCUCCGAGUCGCCGAGGUACGACGAGGACCCGGCCCCCACCGCGUUCCGCCCGACGGAGCGCUUCUUCGUAUCACCCGCCACGUCCAACUCCCUUCUCCGAGAUCCUAGACCAAGCGCCGCCGCCUCGUCUUCCUCGCCGUCGUGCUCCUUCUCCUCCUGUACGUCGGAUCCCAGGCCGGCGGUCCCGGGCGGCGGGGUGGCGGUAAUGACGUACUCCAAGGAUCCCUACGACGACUUCCGGCGGUCCAUGCAGGACAUGGUGGAGGCGCGGCACCUGGACCCCAACCGGGCGUCGGACUGGGAUUUCAUGGAGGAGCUCCUCUUCUGCUACCUGGAACUCAACGACCGAAACGUGCACAAGGACAUCCUGAGGGCCUUCACUGAUGUCAUCGUCAGCGUCCGCCGGCGGGACAUGGCGUUGCGUCGAAGAGCACCGGGGGGGUAACAAGGGGAGGGGGAAUAGUAGAUCAGGCGAGGGGAUGGCGCCACGUUAUUCUCCGGCAGUCGGUUGAUGCACAUGGGAAUUAAUACGUCAGAGAGAGGAUGGCCUUAAACGGCGGCGUAGAAAAUGGUGAAGCCAUAAAUUUCCGGCGGUAGAUAGAAUAUGUUAUCAUCAACCGCGGGUUGCCUAAGCUUCAGACCGUGGAGGAGGGGGACAUUGCAACGCAACUUACGUGAGGCUCACAUGCAAAAGUAAGAUGUAUACCUUUUGUCCUGCGUUUAUUAUGGUCACAAAGGAGUUGGUGGGGGCGGCUUCUGGGAUUUGAUUUGAGAAGCGAGCUCGAGUCUUUCCGAGGAGGGGAGGGGAGGGGAAGGGGGGGUGGAGGUCACGUCAUGCAUGAUGGUCAUUAACUUGGUGUGCGGAGACAUUUCGACGUUUCAUCCCCGGAGGCAUCCCUUUUGCAAAUUGAAGAUGCUCCACCCCAAAGGUUGAUGGGAGAUGGCCAAAGAGAGUAAAAGGGUGGGGGCGAGGAGAGAAAGGGGGAAAAUGGGAGCUUUGAGUCGAUCAACGGAAGCGAAAUGAUCGAUGGAAGUUAAAUGGAAGACGAACACCGAAAACAACCGGCGCGAGUAAGGGGCAAGCCAAGCCAAGCCGGGGACACGAACAGGGUAGGGUAGGGUGCAUUUGCAAUACUUAAGCCAAGCCAAGCCGGGGACACGAACAGGGUAUUUGGUGUUUGGUGCAAAGAGUUAAUUAAGUGUGUGUGUAUUCUAUUCAUUCCGAGAAAUAUGAAAAGUUGAGGGCAAAACAUAAA